AUGCAGAACAACCAUGAAACCAAAAGGUCCCAGUCAUGGUAUUCAAGAAUAUCCCAUAAUGCAAUCACAUUGUCAUGGCGUCCACCAGAUCAAGAUGGAGGCAAACCUAUCUCCGGGUACGCAGUCGAAUAUAAGGAAAAGAAUGAAAAAAGGUGGCAUAAAGCUGGAGUGUGUGAAGCGGACAAGAAUCGGAUAAUUGUAUCUUCAUUACAAGAAGACAUCGAAUACGUAUUCAGGGUAGCAGCAAUAAAUAUAGUCGGAAACAGUAAGCAACUAGUCGGAGCCAAAGUGAGAACGAAAAUUCUCGAAAUACCACUAUCACGAAGAUCGUCCUUCCAGUUGCAAUCUAGUAGAGAUAUCAGCCGAGAUUCGUCAAGAGGUAGGCCGUCAGUUGGAGAUGCUUUGGAAAGAGAUAUCAAUCAAACAUCGACUGACAUAGAAGGAGAUAUUCUCCGAAAGAAGUUAGAGGGUCUAGAUCCAGAGCUGGAGGCGGAUCCAUUUGUACCAAAAAGUGACUUCUUUACGUAUGAUGAAACUAAUUCGGGAAAUAUCUCCAACAGACAUGGAGAUAAUAAAACCCGUCACUCUGAAUUUUCACCGUUACCGGCACCUCCGUCGUCUGAUUCAAACGGAAAAGGAAAGAAACGUUCAGGACCAACGGAAAUCGGUGCAAAACGCAGACAUUCUGAUUAUUCACCUCUGCCAAAGCCUAAAUCACGUCAGUAUGGUAAUGUUAGAUUAAGACAGUUAGUCGAAAGUGACAUUGACUCUGAAGAUGAUGGUAAUAAUGAAGAUGACUUUUCGAUGGACGAAAAAGGGAGAAAUGGGGUUCAGGUAAACAAUGACAGAUCGAUAACGGACUUUAAAGGACAGGAUGGAGUUAUACGUCACCAGCCAACACCUUCAAAUAUAGCAUAUAAACAUAGCCGCUAUUGAAGGGCAGACAGUGGUGUCUUGUUUUAACUAGCAGUGCAUUAAAUUUUGCAUACAGGGGUCACAUUGAUAAUUUAUGUAUCAAACAUUUAGCAUGAAUUAGUGUUUUUUGCUUUACGAUAAGUCAUUUCUUUGUACUUCACAUGGAUUCUAGAAACUUUGGUUUGUGAUUAAGAUGGAAUGCCUCCAAGCUGAAAAUAUAGGGUUCUGUUUCGACAUCUUAUCUUAUAUAUAAUUCAGAAUU